AUGAACCAUUUACGUUUAUUGAAAGAGCAUAGUGCCAAUCCUCUUGAUAACUAUGUCAUAGAAUAGUCCAUUGGUAAGGGAGCCUUUGGGAAAGUGUACCGAGGUCUUCAUCGACCUACUCAAUAGCGAGUGGCUAUCAAAAUACUUGAAAAAAGUAGAAUAGAAUAACCAGCCGAUUUCACACGUAUCUAACGUGAGAUCCAUAUCCUACGAAAAUUACGUCACCCAAAUAUCGUCCAAUUGUAUGAGAUUCUGGAAUCAGAGUCCAAAAUUUAUUUGAUUAUGGAAUAUGUAAGUGGAGGAGAACUUUUUUAACAUAUAGUUAAAAAUAAGAAAUUGUCAGAACAAGAUGCAGCAGCCUUCUUCUCCCAGAUUAUCGAAGCCAUUGAAUAUUUGCACUCUAUUAAGGUAGCUCAUCGUGAUCUCAAGCCUGAAAAUCUACUGCUGGAAAAAGACAUUCUAAAGGUAGUUGAUUUUGGUUUGAGUAACAUCUACACUGAUCUUCUGAACACUCCUUGUGGGUCACCUUGUUAUGCUGCCCCAGAAAUGGUUUCCGGUCAACAAUAUCAAGGAAUCAAAACUGAUAUAUGGGCCAGUGGAGUCAUUCUUUAUGCAAUGAUUUGUGGUUGUGUACCUUUCGAAGAUCCCAACACAAGAAAAUUGUAUGAAAAAAUCAAAUAUUCUGACUUUGAACGUCCUUCCCAUUUGAGUGCCUAAGUCAUAGAUCUUCUCAAUGGAUUACUCAACAAGAACCCCUAAAAUAGAUUGUCUAUUGCGAAGAUAAAGAUGCAUCCAUUUAUUAGUAACUAUUCAUAUUCAGUACCUCUGUUCAAGACUUUGGCCAUAAAUAAUGAAAUUGUGAAACAAUUAGAAACUGUCGGUAUUGAUGGUCAAAAAUGUAGAGAGAUGAUCCUCAAUAAUAAACACAAUGCAAUAACCACUACCUAUCAUCUCCUAAACAAAAAUUAGAAACCCCAAUUAUAAUAAAUUUAAAGAGUCAGAACCCAUUAAAGCAUUAAAUCAGUCGUUGAUAGACCACAUUAAUCGACAGAACGUCAUCCUAAUUCUAGUACUCACCAUAAAAAAACCAAAUCUUAGGAAAACAAUUAUCAAACUGCUAUGUAGAUUAAUAGAGGGUUUGAGAAUAGAAUAUCGGAAAGACCUAAAUCUACUGAGAGAAGGAUAUGUACAGAGAGUGAUCGCAGGGAAAAGAAUAAAACUCAUCAUGAAUUGAAGGAGAACAACGUUGCACGUAAAUCGUAUGCUUCAAAACCAAGCAAAUCACCUGUUAUGUAUUUGGAAUAUAAAUUAAAAACAACAAGAAUGAUGUGA